AUGCAGCGGGGCGGUGGCGGUCUCGCCAAAGGGGGCCAGGUGGCGUCCAGGUCUCCCAGCACAACCCUCACCAAACAGAACCAGGUGGUCACGCUGCCGGUGCAGCAGAUCCGGGAUGAUGUGCCAGCUGUGCGGAGUAACGUCCACGUGGAGAACAGCUUCCAGAUGAAGAUGGAUGCCCAGGGCUACGGCCCCGAGGAGCUAUUGGUGCAAGUGGACGGCCAGUGCUUGUCGGUGACGGGCCAGCGGCAGAAGGAGAGCUACGGCCCGGACGGGAGCAGCUACCGCAUGGCGCAGAAGCUGCAAUGCCAGAUGCUACUACCGCCGAACGUGGAUGCCUCCGCCAUGACCUGCAGCCUCACACCCUCGGGCCAGCUGUGGAUCCGAGGCCAGGGCGGAGCGCUGCCUUCCCCUGAAGCCCAAACCGGACACUCCUCGAAACCCAGGCGUCACGGCUCUAAGGGUUCCAACUUAGCCUGA